CCAGAGCAAGCACUUUGUGGAGCCAACAUGGUUUCCUUGAUGACUGCUCUGAGUCGGCUAAUUAUUCCCAUGAUCGUCCUGUCGCACUUCUCAGUAUCUCUUCCAUCCCAAGAGAGGACUGAGAGACAUGCUGAUGGGCUUUUCCACAGUGAGCUCAGCAAGAUGAAUGACAACGCUUUUGUGCAGCAGCUAGUGAAACACCUGGUGGGCCUCAAGGAGAGAACUCAGAGGCACUCAGAUGGAUUGUUCACCAGUGAAUACAGCAAGAUGAGAGGAAACGCUCAGGUUCAGAAAUUUAUCCAAAAUCUAAUGGGCCGCAAGCGCAGCAAUUCAGGCCUGGUCAAAACAGAAGUGCAGGAGAAGGAGAGAGAAAGCAGCAAUGAGGACCUUUGCUGUAUGUGGCUGUACCAGAGCUUUCUGAACAGCAGGUGCGUGUGCUCUGCCAAAAGCUGUGCUCUCAGGGGUGGUUUGCAGAGCUAAAAAAGCAAAUGUUUUGGUCAGACUGCAAGGUGGCAGGAAGAUGUGUGCAAUCUCAAUUGAUUUUUGUCUCCGCAUUCAUGGUAAUUUCUAUUUCUACCUGCUGAGCUUGCCUGGCACUCUGUUGUGCUUUAUCUGAAGUAAUGUUGACAUUAAGAUUUACAGGUAAGAUGUGCCAUAUAAAAGCCAGUAACGAAAAAAUAAUAAAACCCAGGGAAAUGAGCU